GACCCCAGGCUCGGCGAGGAGCCGCCGCUCGGCCUCGGCGGCCGACGAGCCUGGGGCCGUCGCCCUCGACCCCAAGAGCCACCGCGAGAAGCUGCCGAGGCCGAGCAUCGUGGACGCCACAGAGGCGCUGUACGCCCAGCCGAGGGACGACGACUCCGGCUGCUCCCCGAGCUCCAG